GUCCGCGAGGUACCACAGCAGCGGGCACACGCGCGGCGGCAGCAGCGGCGGAGCAGCAUUCAAACGCACAGUCCCAAGCAGGGACAGACGGGGUCUGAUAACGUCCCCUCCCCUGUCUGAACCGCACACCGCCACUGGAUACCCACAACGUUAAACGGAGGGAAAACUACGCUUUUUGAAGUGCACCAUUGCCUAGUAACCUUUAUAUUUACCGUCAGGUAUUAAAGAAGUUGGUUUACCGGGAAGUUUGCCACUCACAGCAGCAGUUAUUGGAGCCUGAAAGCCGGUGUGGAGAGGAGAACACCAACGUAAAUCUCAGACUACAUAAACUUGGUUUAGGCUUAUUUCGCUGACAUCUGCUUGAAACUUGAUUUGUUUUCCGAAAGAAGCUUGUUUUAUUGGACCGUGGCUGUUUCUCUGUUCGGUCGCUCAGGGACUCGCCAAAAACCUCCAACUUAGUAAAAACAGUAGUAAGGUUAUCUCGGUGGUUUCUGACAUAGACAGAAAUAAGAGAAGAAGAAAGAAACUCGAAGAGUAGGACAGACGGAGACGUGGAUGUAUUUUCAGCUAUGGAUGUAACAGUUUACCCGCCUCCUCCUCAGCCUCUGGCCGCGUCAGAACACACCAGGCUGGGGCAGCUCUCCUACCCUGACCCGGCCUUUGGAACCAACAAGCUGGAUGUGGACACCAUGUUCCUGAGUAUGCCAGACGCAGGCCUUGACUUUGCCUCAACCAAUCAGUUUCGUGUGCCACAGCCCCCUCACCCUCUCAGCAAGGUGACGCCACCCAACCCACCCUCACAGCACUGGAGGAGGGACACACACAUGGCCGACACACAUCGUCUGCCUUGGUCAUAUUCAGUGGGUGGGUUGGGCGAUGAGGACUUCAACAUCCCACCCAUUAUUCCCCCCACCCUGCCAGACCACAUGGUGCCCCCCCACCUCCCCCACGAUUCCCCCUCUGGACCGUACCACCUUCUGGACACCCCCUCCAGCUCAGCUCCACACCACCCCUACCAGCUGCAGGGCAUGGAUAUGCCUGGCAGACAAGAUGGAGCUGCUAUGUUGAACCAAGAUGGUGGCACAUUCAGUCCGAAUGGCGGCCCAAUGACCAGUACUCUGUCUGUGAUGCAGCAGAUGGUGAACUCUGAUUCUCGGUUCACCAGCAGCCAACAGCCAAUCGAAGCAGCGCUUGGACCCAGGAGCCAAUCAGGCAUGAGCCAGCAAAGUCAGUUGUCCACCAUCAACCAAUCCCAGCUGGGGCUGAGUGGGAACUCUGUUACCCAUAAUUCUCCCUCACCUCCUGGAAGUAAAUCCGCCACACCAUCUCCCUCCAGUUCAGCACAUGAGGACGAGAAUGAUGACGGACUCAGGCUGGGCAGUGGAGGAGAGAAGAGGCCAGCAUCAGUGGACAUCUCCAAGAAACUCAAAACACCAAAGAAGAAGAAGCGAAAGGACCCCAAUGAGCCAGUGAAGCCAGUGUCUGCCUAUGCCUUGUUCUUCAGGGACACCCAAGCCAACAUCAAGGCCCAGAACCCCAACGCUACCUUCGGGGAGGUGUCAAAGAUCGUGGCCUCCAUGUGGGAUGGCCUGGGAGAGGAACAGAAACAGGUAUACAAGAAGAGGACAGAGACGGCUAAGAAGGAGUAUCUGAAACAACUGGCUGCCUACAGAGCCAGUCUGGUCUCACAGAGUUACAAUGAUCCAUCUGACAUGAAGCCGCCCCACUCUUCCUCCACGGCUUCUUCUUCUACCUCAAUGUUUACACCCAAACCUUCAGUCUACCCUGGCCACCCAGGCCAGCACCCUUCCUCCAGCUCACUCGCCCACCCUCACCCUCCCCCUCAGCACCCUGGCAUGUACAUGCCAUACCCUCACCCGUCGCACCCUUCCCACGCCUCAAGCCCCGGCCUCGGCCCCCACCUGCGCCCUCCUCACAACCAGAUCCACCCCCAGCUCCAGGCUCUGUCCUCCAGAGGGACUGUGCCGCGGCCCAGUGUCCCCCACCAGGGAGCGCUGUCCCUUGGCAGCAUGGCGGCAGCAUCCACCCCUCCUCUCCAGGUCAGCCCUCCCCUCCACAGCCAGGCACACCUGGGAGGGCUGCACAGUCCACACCAUCAGCACCAGCAGCUCAGUGGACACUCACUGGGAAUGACGCACUCACCUUCCUUCACACAGGGCUACCCCUCCUCCCUCCAGUCUGACUACCAGCCAAUAGGAGGAGGAAUGCUAAAUGGUGGAGCAGUGAUGUCAUCAUCAGUGGACUACCACCAGCUGGGUCGACACACGCCAAACCACCACCCCUCUCUGGACUGGAGUACUGAUUACCAUGGCAACGGAGGUCUUCAGAGAGACAAACAUCUCUAUCUGAGCUAAUCUCAGGACAAAGUGACACCAAACUUCAACCAAGCCCUUCUACUGCCACACCAUGGAACCUCUAGCCUCAUCUCCACAUGAACCCAGGCCAGCCUAGUCCAACCUUCACCCACUGAGGACUCAACCAACAGACUACCUACACUUGAACCAAACUUGAGUUCAGCACUUCAAACAAAAGCCCAAGCAGUAGAAUAAUGGGACAUUUCUGUACUACAGUGUCUCUUCUACGGGACAACAGGACAGCGUUAAGAACAGGAAGAAGAAAUACUUUCUUCCAGCUCCUGCAUGUCCCGUGGCUGGUCUGACAUCUGUUAUUGGCUGUAUUUUUUCUACUGAUCAUUUACGGCAGAAGACAUGCUAUGAUUUGAAUUGGAAAUGAGUAUACCAGCGAGGAGAGGUAGGAAGGUCCUGUGCUGUGAACCAUGAUGAUACUGUAGAUGUAUAUACUCCAUCUUCUUCAGAAGGGGAUAUUCUGUCUAAUUUCCUGUCUGCCCUAAAAAGUUCAUAUCCAGUUCCUCAUUUGUAAAGAUGGUGUCUACCGUCUGGUCCAAAAUGCUCUGAAGAGCAAGUGUAAAUUGCUGUAACAUAAUUGUUUGAGCUGUUGAUUCAAAGCCAAUUGAUUUAUUUUUUUCUUUGACCUCGUAGUUGCUGUAUCCCUCUACGGCCAAAGUGAAGAGAACACGGCACACAAAUGAAGGGUUGAUAACCAAAUACUACACGUGUGUUUCCCAGCUGGUUCUUUAAUUAUAUGAAAUCAAGCCUUCGAUCUGAUGCAGUAUGGACUGAAGUCCCACACACUGUCUGUAGAGAAAGAAAACGUACCGUGAAUCUGAACAGAAGCAGUGUUGAACGGAGUGAUAAUGGCUGAAUUCACAGAGCUUUAUUCAGCUAAAAACAAACGAGAGAAAGAGGUGGAACAGCACCUGAAGCUGUUUGUUGCCUUUUUAACCAGGCGCUGACUGUGAAUAAUUGUGUACGAUUAAAGAACUUUCAUUGUUCUCUGGCAGUGAGGUUCAGAUCUGCAGGGUAGAAAUUCAAUGUAUUUUAGUCCUUGAAAUAAUGAAAUGUCAAACAAUUCUUUGUUGAAAAAAAAGAAACAAAAAUAGUCCUUUGUACGAUGACAGCUCCUCCUCCAGGCAUAUGUCUGUUGAUAAUAUUGAUUUGGAUCCAAACUGUGCGUGUGUGAGUGUGUGAAGUGUUAAUGAGAAGGCAGAGUGGUUGAUUGGGCUGCACGGUCUCUUUUGUCAUCUCUGUUUCUCUGUGCACAGAGGCUAUUUAAGAAACUAUAACUGUUGCUGGGUUGGCUGUGUUUUAAUGUUGUUUUUUUAAUCAAAUCAAGUUUUGUUUUAGUGUUAAUGAUGAUGAUGAUGAUGAGAGACACGUCUCGCUCGCUCUGUAUCUCUUUGUAUUAAUGUGUUUUUUGGCAGAUGAAAGGACUCUGGGCAACAACAACCAUGAAGAUUUUCUUAUUUUUAGAUUCUAAUAAUGUGUUUGAGAAUAAAGUCAGUGCUGCAUUGAUGUGCAGUCAUUACUCCCAAA